AUGAAAUAUUCUUGGUGGCGGGGAAAUCUAUCUAUCUAUCUAUCUAUCUAUCUAUCUAUCUAUCUAUCUAUCUAUCUUUCUUUCUCACAAUCUAUCUAUCUAUCUAUCUAUCUAUCUAUCUAUCUAGGUCUAUUCAUUAUCAUUAUCUAUCUAUUACUUAUAUUUUAUACAACUUUUGUGGAUUUCUUUCUUUUUUUUUUUUACACGUUCAUUUAUGCUUUUCUUUCUUUCUUUAUCGUUGUUCAUUCUUCAUUUUUCACAGCCAUUUUUCCUUCAUUUUUCUCCUAUUUAAAAUUUCGGGCUUUUAACAAUAUUCUUUCUUUUUUUCUUUCUUUCUAUUUCAGAAUUACUUUGUCUUUUAUUUUAUCAAUAUUCGUUCUUCCUUUUAACUACAAAGUUACUUUAAUACAUAGUCACUUUCGGUCUUUUUUAUCAACAUUCUUUCAUUCUUUUUUCUUUCUUUCUUUCUUUUCUUUUUUCUUUCUUUCUUUCUUUCUUUUCUUUUACCGACAUAUACAUAGUCACUUUCGGUCUUUUUUAUCAACAUUCUUUCAUUCUUUCUUUCUUUCUUUCUUUCUUUCUUUCUUUCUUUCUUUCUUUCUUUCUUUUACCGACAUAGUUACUAUUAGUGUUUUAUAUUAUAAAUAUUCUUUCUUUCUUUCUUUCAACCACAUAGUUACUUUCAAUCUUUUAUUUUAUCAAUAUUCUUUCUCUCUUUUAAUCUUUUAUUUUGUCAGUAUACUUUCUUUCUUUCUUUCUUUCUUUCUUUCUUUCUUUCUUUCUUUCUUUCUUUUAACCACCGAUUUACUUUCAGUCUUAAUUUAUCAAUAUUCUUUCUUUUUUCUGCUUUUAACAACAUAUUUACUUUAG